GAAACUUCCUUUGUUUUCAUCAGAUGGCUAUUCAGUCGCAGUAGCGCCUUUUCAAUUCUGCUCGUGAUUCGGUCUGGUUGUUGUCAAGCAUGUCUGGUGGUUAUCCAGUUUUAGAACUCUCGGCAGAGGACCUGCGCCUAAUGCUUGCAGCUCACGUUCAUGUGGGGGAAACUAAUAUGAAUUUCCAAAUGUCAACAUACGUCCAUGGGUGUACUAAGGAUAAUUAUCACAUUAUUAAGUUGGAUAAAACAUGGGAGAAAAUCCUUCUAUCAGCUCGUGCUAUUGCAGCAAUUGAUCAUCCGACUGAUGUUUACGCAGUCGGGUCCAGGCCGUUUACUCAGCGUGCUGUAUUAAAAUUUGCGAACUAUACAGGGACAACAGCAAUGGCAGGCCGCUUCACACCUGGUACUUUCACCAACCAGAAACAAUCUUGUUUCCGAGAGCCCCGCCUGUUAAUUGUCAGUGAUCCAAUAAGCGAUCACCAAGCUGUAUAUGAAGCUAAUUCUGUAAAUGUCCCGCUCAUUGCAUUCUGCAAUACUGACACCCCUAUUUCACGUGUUGAUAUCGUCAUUCCAUGUAAUAACAAGUCAACGCAUUCUAUUGCCGUUGUGUGGUGGCUUCUCGCUCGUGAAGUUCGGCGCAUCCGCGGUGAAGAUACAAGGUUGCAUCAAUGGAGUGUAUUACCUGACCUGUUUCUCUAUCGCGAUCCCAACGAGGAAGAGCAAAAUGCUGAGGAAGUUGAUGAUACUAGAUUGGAACCCGCUUUGCCAGGGGCCGAUAUCGAAGCUGCAGAAACGUGGGGAGUUGAGCCAACAAUGCCUGUCGGGUCAUUAGGCGAUAUGGGGAUAGCCGCUGCUGGUUACGGUCCUGUUGGUGGGACAGCAGGUGGUUGGAGUAAUUUAGAUGCCGAUCCAACAGAAACAUGGUAGUUGAGCAAUAUAACUUAUGGAAAAGUACUUCUUGUUUUCUAUACGGAUUACCUUGUCAUUAAAUUUGUAAGCUUGUGUAGUGCGCUACUUCAGAUUCAUAGGUUUUGGUACGAAUUUAGUCUCUUGUCAAUUGGCCCGGUAGGUCAGGUAGACUGUGAGCGAAUUUCUACAUUUAUGUUGCCGUUUUCCAAAUAUUCGUUUCUCAGGGGCAGGUUUCCUACCGUCAAUUGAACGAUUAGGAUUUACACAUCCCAAUAUACUAAAAUUCUAUAAUGAACAUUUUGAUAAGGAUUCUAUUCCUACUGAAAGUAAUAUUCAUAUAUAAUUAAAUAAUUUGCCAAUUAAUUAAAAACUACCUAGUUUUUUUCAGUGGAUCGAGUUGCAUGAGUAAAAAUGUUCAGUAUUCUAGGUGUGAGUUAAUCGCCUAUAUCUUGUUCGCUUAUCAGAUAUAAUGUCUUGUCUUAAUGUUUAACACUAAAUACUGUUUCAUGCCACACUGACUGGAAUGUGUUAUAAUUGUGCUGAGUGUUAAUUUGCACUGUUUAGUGGGGGAGUGCAUUGAACCCAGUAAACAUUUCUGUGCUUGGUGAAAACUUGUAAAUGAAACACAAACAUAUACCGGGAAAUCAUUAUUAUUGGUAAACCUUAUGCGCCUAAACA